UUCACGCUUGCUCUAUCUCAUGUUUGCCCCUUGCUCUAUUUCACGUUUAACUUUCUAAACAAAACUCUCAAAUCAGACAGCUAAAACCAUACCCACAGAAGAACCAGACAACGGCACACCCGCAACCUCAAAUUGGCGACGCUUCUUCUCAUCCAAUCCAACUCGUUGGCUUCGCUCUCUAGCUUCUUCUCUUCCAAUCCAUCCUCAAAUCGGCAGCGCACUCAUAUCCAAUCCAACUUGGCGGCGCUUCUUCUCUUCCAUUCUAAAUCAAUGGCACCACCCACAAUCUUUAGGAUCAUUGCAUCUGACAUCCCUGACUGCAAGGUUUACCCCUCUAUGGACCUUCCUGAGGUUUGCAGUCAUAUCUUGGCUUUCCUUCGUGAGGAGAUGCUUGAAUCAACAAAACCGAGGAUGACUAGCAGAUUGGCUACUCUAGCUUCUACGUCUCAUUUAUCAAGAGCUGAGGAAUUGAAAGGCAGCAGUGAUGAGAGGGCUGCUCUAUUUAGUGGCAACCCCUUUGAGUCAACAGUGAUUGAACUAGCCAGUGGUUCAAAAACAGGUCUUCAGAAUCAACCAGAUGCAGAGCUAACAGCACCUAUUUCCAAGACCAAGGAGUCUCUCCCUUCUUAACCAAAAGAAUAAAUCAUGAAACCAAAAGAAUAAAUUAUGAAAGUAGGUGUGAAAAUGUACAAAAUUCUAUAAUAAUCUUUAUUUUCUGAUGUGUUGUAGAUGGAAGAAACCACCUUUAUUUGGAUAAGUUUGUGAUAUACUGUUGGGCUUUAUAGUAAAAUCUCUAGAUCUUAUACUUACAGUUGCCCCAUCUCUCUCUCUCGUUUGACAAUGAUGAGGUUAAUUGAAAUUUAGAGUUUGUAGU